AAAGAGUUUAAGUGUGGCACCGAUUUUGAUUUCAUCCGGCGGAGCAUGACAGUCACCUGAGACGUCACCUUCACUGGUCACAAGCUGCUUCAAAAAGAACAAGCAGCAGCAGCAGCAGCAGAGCCCAGAGACAGAAGGCCCUGCUGGGAGCUCCCAUCACACCCUCCACUGCCUGGACUCCUCUCGUUUGAAGUCGUUGGAAGAGGGAGGGAGGAAUGGCUUUUUCUUUUUUUUUUCGGGGGGAGAGGCGGGAUCUUGUGACUCACAGGCAACUUCCUCAGUAGUAGGACAAAUGUAGCCGGCAAGCUGCAUCAGUCUCCGCCGCAGAGAUUUGACUACUGUCAGAAGAAACACAAAAUAAAGUCUGUUCCCUGCUGGAGGGCGACGCUCCUGAGCCGCCGGAGUAGCGACCUGUGAACUGAUCCCAGGCCUGAUCUGAGCGAGUGUCCGCUGACAGAGGCAGGGAGGCGGGUUACCACUGUUGUUGCAAGAAGGUGCCUCCAGACUCCAGACAUUACUCCUGGCUUACAGAAUAUUACAAUGGCCGACCGCUUUGACUGUGACAACUGCAAGGAGUCCUUGUAUGGCCGCAAGUACAUCCAGUCAGACGACAGUCCCUACUGCAUCCCCUGUUACGACAGCCUGUUCUCCAACACGUGUGAGGAGUGCAAAGAGCUUAUCGGCCACGACGCGAGGGAGCUCUUCUACGAGGACCGGCACUAUCACGAGCACUGCUUCCGCUGUUUCCGCUGUGAUCGCUCGUUGGCAGAUGAGCCUUUCACCAGCCAGGAUGACGCGUUGCUCUGCAAUGACUGCUACUGUAAUGAGUUCUCCUCCAAGUGUGUUGCCUGCGACAAGAUCGUCAUGCCAGGCACAAGGAAAUUGGAGUACGCAGGCUCCACAUGGCACGAGGGCUGCUUCAUCUGUCACAGCUGCGAGCAGCCCAUCGGCUCCAAGUCCUUCAUCCCCGACAAGGACGAACACUACUGUGUGUCCUGCUACGAGGACAAGUUCGCUCCACGCUGCACGCGCUGUAAAAAGACCCUGGCUAAAGGCGGCGUGACCUAUCGGGAGGAGCCGUGGCAUAAGGAGUGUUUUGUGUGCACCAACUGUAAGACACAGCUGGCGGGGCAGCACUUCACCUCUCGAGACGACAGCCCUUACUGUCUCAAGUGCUUCGGCAGCCUCUACGCCAAGAAGUGCGAGGCCUGCAGCAAACCAAUCACAGGUUUUGGAGGAGGAAAGUACAUCUCAUUCGAGGAUCGCCAGUGGCAUCAGCCCUGCUUCACCUGCUCCCAGUGCUCUGUGUCCCUGGUGGGCGCUGGCUUUUUCCCGAACGGUGACAAGAUCUUGUGCCGCGACUGCAACAGCAACCUAUAGAGCAGCCGCUCGCCAUGCCCCCACCCUUUCCCUUGACUUACCUUCCACCCUUUCGUCACAGCAUUUCAAGAACCCAGAGUCAUUACCGAGGAAGGUAACACAGGCUAACUGCCUCUCAGGUUGUUUAUAUUAAGAUAGCAGUUCCUCACAGCCCACGGAUUUGAAAAAUUCAAAUUUUCAUCAAGGAGUGCGCAAAAAAAUCCUUCUUUCGAUGAACGAUCACAAAGAUUUUUCACUUUAACCAAAAAGUUAAUGGAGUGCCUUAAAAGUAACAUUACUUAUAUGUUAUUUACUAUUUAACCAAAGAAAUGCAAAAUGCUAGUCACUUUGCUCAAAAAAUUCCUUUGUAUUUUAUUUUUAAAAAAAGUUGUCACUUCAGGUAGAGGUCCAACUCUGAAGAGAAGACACAGAACACUGAUACAGUAUGUGUACCUUACAGUGUGUGUUUCAAAAUAUGGUGGAGGUACUGUUGUGAUGCUUUUAGAACUGCAGUUUUAAGCAUUUCAAUUACAAUAUGUCAGAAAGUAAAACAAAGAAACGAGAAGAAGAACCGAGGUAGUUGAUGGUAGUAAUGAUCAAUAAAGUCGAUUGCACUUUGGAUUAGAUAUUCUCUGGCUACCAAGUUAUGUGCACAUAAGAACACGAUUUAAAAAAAAAAAAAACAUGGCACACAGACCACUUUUCAUGUCAUGUAUCUGCUUUUGAUGAACUCUGCAAUGACACUUAUUUUUACAUAAAACUUCUUCUAUUUUCACUUUUUUUUCAUUUGUUGUAAUGAAUCUGUUUUUCUUUUUUUUUUUUUUGUUUUUGUUUUUCAUCACUGUUGCUGUAAGAGCCAGCAUUUAUAACCCAAGAGAAGCUGAAAUGAAAUUGCAGGAGUAUGCAUGUGUCUGCCAUGAUUCGCCUCAAUGAUGAUUUUUUUUUUUUGUCGCUUAUACUGUAACGCUGUUACUGUCCUUUUGUUCUGCAUUGUUAGUUUGUUACAUGUAUGUGAAAAAAUGAUUAAAAAAUACCUAUAUUUCAUUAUUUCAGCUUUGAUGCUGGUGAGUCAGAGUUGGCAAAUAUGCAUUUAGAGAUGGAAAAUGCUCCACUGAGGUGAUGACAGUAUGAACUUACUGUGUAAAGGAAAAAUACAGAUGAUAGAUGAUAUGGCUAAAUGCUACAUGUUUAGUUUUUAUUUGUGAAGGCUUAUUAAAUAAAUUUACACUGACUUGGU